AUUGUGUAAAAGAGCCUGAGAUUUUUGUUUUUGUGUUUCCGCAGUGGUUCCCUAAGGCGGCGACCGUUUCUGACUCUUCUUGGGAGACCGCUAUGGCGUUCCCUCACCUACAACAGCCCAGCUUCCUCCUGGCUAGCCUGAAAGCUGAUGCUGUAAAUAAGCCCUUUGCACAGCGUUGCCAAGACUUGGUCAAAGUCAUUGAGGAUUUUCCAGCCAAGGAACUGCAUGCCAUCUUCCCGUGGCUGGUGGAGAGCAUCUUUGGCAGCCUGGAUGGGGUCCUUGUUGGUUGGAAUCUCCGAUGCCUACAGGGGCGUGUGAACCCUGUGGAGUACAGCAUAGCCAUGGAGUUUCUAGACCCGAGUGGCCCAAUGAUGAAGUUGGUUUAUAAGCUGCAAGCUGAGGACUAUAGCUUUGACUUUCCUGUCUCCUGCCUUCCUGGCCCUGUGAAGGCAUCCAUUCAAGAGAACGUGCUCCCUGACAGUCCUCUGUACCACAACAAGGUCCAGGUUCCCCCCACCGGAGGCCUUGGCCUGAACCUGGCGCUCAAUCCUUUCGAAUACUAUAUGUUCUUCUUUGCUUUGAGCCUCAUCUCUCAAAAGCCGAUGCCCGGGACCCUCCAUGUUCGUACUUCAGACUGUGCCUAUUUCAUCCUGGUGGACAGGUACCUGUCGUGGUUCUUGCCCACUGAAGGCAGCGUGCCUCCACCACUCUCCUCCAGUCCAGGGGGGUCGAGCCCCUCACCAGCCCCCAGAACGCCAGCCAUGCCCUUUGCCUCCUAUGGCCUCCACACUAGCCUCUUGAAGCGACACAUCUCUCAUCAGACAUCUGUGAACGCAGACCCUGCGUCCCAUGAGAUCUGGCGGUCAGAAACUCUCCUUCAGGUUUUUGUUGAAAUGUGGCUUCAUCAUUAUUCCCUGGAGAUGUACCAAAAAAUGCAGUCCCCUCAUGCCAAGUUGGAGGUUCUACACUACCGACUCAAUGUGUCCAGCGCCCUCCACAGCCCUGCCCAACCCAGCCUCCAGGCCCUCCACGCCUAUCAAGAGUCCUUCACGCCUACUGAGGAGCAUGUGCUGGUGGUGCGCCUGCUGCUGAAGCACCUGCACGCCUUUGCCAACAGCCUGAAGCCAGACCAGGCGGCACCGUCUGCACACUCUCAUGCCACCAGUCCCCUGGAGGAGUUCAAGCGGGCUGCAGUGCCUCGGUUUGUCCAGCAGAAGCUGUAUGUCUUCCUGCAGCACUGUUUUGGCCACUGGCCUCUGGAUGCGUCCUUCAGAGCUGUCCUGGAGAUGUGGCUCAGCUACCUGCAGCCAUGGAGGUAUGCCCCCGAGAAGCAGGCUCAGGGCAGUGAUUCCCAGCCACGAUGUGUGUCGGAGAAAUGGGCACCCUUCAUCCAGGAAAACCUGCUGAUGUACACCAAGCUGCUGGUGAGCUUCCUGAACCGUGCCCUGCGCACAGACCUUGUCAGCCCCAAGAACGCGCUCAUGGUAUUCCGAGUGGCUAAGGUCUUUGCCCAGCCUAACCUGGCCGAGAUGAUCCAGAAAGGUGAACAGCUGUUCCUGGAGCCCGAGCUCAUCAUCCCACACCGCCAGCAUCGUCUCUUCACAGUCACCAGCAGCUUCCUGUCACCAUGGCCCCCAGUUGUGACAGAUGCCUCAUUCAAGGUGAAGAGCCAUGUCUACAGCCUGGAGGGCCAAGACUGCAAAUACACCCCCAUGUUUGGUCCUGAAGUCCGGACCCUGGUCUUGCGCCUUGCUCAGCUUAUCACACAGGCCAAACAGACUGCCAAGUCCAUCUCUGAUCAGUGUGUGGAGAGCCCGGCUGGGCGCUCCUUCCUGUCCUGGCUGGGCUUCGGCCCCACAGACCCAAGUAGCUGCUAUCCGGCCAACGACCUGGACGAGAUGGGUCAGGACAGCGUCCGCAAAACAGAUGAGUACCUGGAGAAGGCCCUGGAGUACCUGCGCCAGAUAUUCCGGCUCAGUGAAGCCCAGCUGGCCCAGCUCACCCACGCCCUGGGCAGUACACGGGACGAGCAUGGGAAGCAGCAGCUCCCAGAUUGCAUCGUGGGGGAAGAAGGGCUUAUACUCACACCCCUGGGCCGCUACCAGAUCAUUAAUGGUCUUCGGAGGUUUGAAAUUGAGUACCAGGGGGACUUAGAGCUGCAGCCUAUCCGGAGCUACGAAAUCACUAGUCUGGUUCGAGCGCUCUUCCGGCUGUCCUCUGCCAUCAACCGCAGAUUUGCAGGCCAGAUGGCAGCUCUGUGUUCCCGGAAUGACUUCCUUGGCAGCUUCUGUCGCUACCACCUCACUGAGCCUGCCCUGAGCAACAGACACCUGCUGAGCCCCGUGGGGCGGAGACAGGCUGCCACUCCUGCCCGGGGCCCCAGGCUCAGCCUGCGCUUCCUGGGCAGUUACCGGACACUGCUCCUGCUCCUGACGGCCUUCUUUGUGGCCUCUCUGUUCUGCAUUGGACCCCUGCCCUGCUCCUUGCUCCUGGUCCUAGGCUACCUCCUCUACGCCAUAGCUAUGACGCUGCUCACCGAGCGGGGGAAGCUGCACCAGCUCUGACCAUCCUCUGGCCAUCCUCUCCUGAGCAGACUUGUGCUUGAUGCUCCCUUCUUGGGCCUGAGAGGCCCUGGGCAGUCGCUUCGAAGCCAGAAGGUCAUCUUCAGAGUCCUUGGCAGCAGUGUCCCUGUGAAGGAAGGUUAUUCAUAAGAACACAGAGUAGGAGGAACGUGGUGCAGACGUGCGCAGGGCGGUGC